GCGGGGUGGUUGUGACGGUGGCCUAGGAGCUUUCUCUUCUGCGCGGGAGGGGAGCUCUGACUCGCAGCCGGACCCCGCCUUCUCGCUGACGAGGCCUCGUUCCCCAGGUCAGGCCUGACCUGCUCAAGCCCAGAGAGUUGUAAGAAGUUGGAUAUAGAAGUUUUUCCUUGAUCAGCAGCUUCCUAUGACACAUCUGUAAUUCCCUGGUUCUACCUCAUAUCCUGUAAUCAUGGACUUGUUAAUGUGACCUUCCAAGCCCCUAACAAAUCAACUGGCCAGUUGUCUCAGAAUGUCAUAAUGAAUGAAGGCAGCUGGGGCAUCUCUCACACGCGUGUGCCGACCAAGUCUCGGCCCGGGCACGUGGCCAUCAUUGCAGGGUUUUAUGAAGAUGUCAGCACAGUUGCCAAAGGAUGGAAGGAAUAUCCUGUAGAAUUUGAUUCUCUUCUUAAUGAAACCAGGUACACAUGGUCCUGGGGAAGCCCAGACAUCGUGACUGUUUACCAAAGGUGACCUUGGAAACCAUAUUUUUGCACACACUUACGAUGCUUCCAGUGAGGAUUUUGGUGCCCACGAUGUAACACAACUGGACACGUGGGUUUUUGAUCAUGUGAAGGAAUUCUUUCAUGCUGCCAGAAACAACCAAUCUUUGUUUUCUAAAGUCAAUGAAGACAAAAUAGUUUUUUUCUUACAUUUAUUAGGAAUAGACACAAAUGGACAUGCUCAUCGACCAUCAUCAAGGCUCCCAUGGAGCCGGUCAUCCUUUAGAGACUUGUACUCCUUUUAUUGCUUGGGGAGCUGGAAUCAGGCUUCCCCAAAAAGUGUCAGCCCCGAAAUUUGAUGACUCAUAUUUGCAAGAAUGGAAGUUGGAGAACUGGAAGAGACAAGAUAUUAAUAAGGCUGAUGUUGCACCAUUGGUGGCAGCUCUUAUUGGAGUUCCCUUCCCUCUUAAUUCAGUGGGAAUCAUUCCUGUGGACAUACUUGAUACCCCUGAUCUCUUCAAAGCAGAGAGCAUGUUUGCAAAUGCAGUACAGAUUCUUGAACAGUUCAAGGUAAAAAUGACUCAGAAAAAAGAAGCUACUUUAUCGUUUUUGUUUACACCAUUUGAGAGGUUCAACCGCGUGUUGCCUGUCUUCUUCCCCUCGGCUGGGAGCUGACCGUGACCCUGCCCUGCUCUGAAGCUCAACACCUGCCUGGGAGCCGCUGCUAGCUUUGUGUCAGCUGGGGGCCCGCCAGAAGGGCUGACUCUCAUCCAUUGGCUCACCCGUCCUGCCUGCAAACUUGUCUGGCUGAAAAGCACCAUUUGUCGAAAGCCUGCAGCAUGACCAAAAAAGCCCCAAGAUAAAAUAAAAAAUUAACUUAUGAGGAAAUAGAUAGUUGAAGGAAUAGCAAAGGACUAAAAAUAUUAAAAUCCUGAAAUCCUCAGAAGUAUCUGAGAAGCUGUUUUACCUAUAAAACAAAAAGUGGUGCAAACUUUACGAAAGGAGGAGUACAGGGUGCAUUGUUUAAAAAAUGGGAAAUGUGUCUAAAACCUCGCGGAAUGAUCAAUUGUAUAGGAGUGAGCCAAAGGGGAGGCCAGUCCUCCAAAUUAGAAGAGCAAGUAGACCUCAAAUGAGGUGAAAUGAGUUUUUAGUAAUAUAUGGAUUGAUGAGGAGCUAAGGAAACCCUGGAAGGCAUCAUUUCUUCACCCCUCUUGCGGAGGAAACUUUAGGAAAAGGAAACGUUUCAAACUGUACAAGAAAGCAUGCUUGCAGCGUGCAGCAACAGAAGACGUGAACAGAAGACGUGACGCGAUUUGGAACAAUUGAGGGAGAUGGCUUGAUCAGAGCAGACACAGGGAGGGGUUCAUUUCUGUAAUGGCAAGCUGAGAGUUGAGAACGGUGGGGCAGGGAUUUACUGGUUGUCAUUAUGCCCCUCUGUACUGUUUAUUAUUAUUAAAAAUUAUAUCUGUG